ACAAACACCCUUGAUUACACAGGACCAGCGAUAAGCGUUCACUUUUACAAUGGCUGGCCCUAAAGACACACAUUCCGUGAUCUGGCCCAGUGGACCUUCACCCAUGGAAUGGAUCAAGACAAAGCCUACAGCUAUGUGGAGAGACAGCUUCAGGGAGGACGGAUAUCUGGUUGUGAAAGAUCUUCUGACGAAGGAGGAGCUUCAAAUUUACCAAGAUAUCUGCACUAAGAUGCUCCAAGGCGACAUCGACACGGCUACUCACAGGCAUGAUCUUGGAAACGUUGCUGAACAAAAGCAACCUCACAUAGAGAACAUUUGUCAGAUACUUUGGCCAAGUAUGUAUGUGAGGCACUUGGAUGAGGGACCUGUACACAGACGAGUGUUGGCUAUUGCCCACUGCCUGCUUGGGGAGGACAUUGUGUUCGACCACGAUAUGAUUCUAGCGAAGGCGCCGUUCACCGACACGACGACCCCUUGGCAUCAAGAUGAAUCCUAUUGGCCUGUUGUGGCGGACAAAAGAGCUCUCAUGUGUUGGACAGCUUUAGACAAUGCCGUGAAAGACAACGGAUGCAUGUGGUUUGGGAGAGGAUCUCAUAAGGGAAUGUUGCGUGUACACACGCCUGUCAAGGAGGGUUGCCAUCUUCUUUCUUGCGAAACAUACGAGAGUGACGACAUGGUAUGCGUGGAAAUUCCGGCUGGGUCAUGUACAUUUCAUCAUGCUCGUACGCUGCACUAUACACGUGGCAAUGCAACCAAUCAAAUGAGACGAGCUAUUGUGACAUCAUACAGGCCAGCCGCCAUGUUGAAGGAGUUUCAAAAUGUGGGUCACGACCACGGAAAAAGAGGUCUGAAGAGUGUACUGUUGACUGGCCAAACCCAUGGAUGGCAGGAUAAAAUCUGAGACAUCAUUUUUCAACGUGGGCCGAAUAUUUGACAUGCAUUUAAUUAAGAUAUUGAUGUAUACCUCCAAAUGCAAUUCCAAAGGUCGAAUGCUAUAUUGGUCACAUUUCCAAAAUAAACAGAAGUCAGAAUCGU